AUGGACGAUACGGAAAAACAGAUGAACUCACCAGAGGAAGAACCACUAAAAGAAAAAGAUGAUGCUAAAUCCGAAGCCAAAACUGAAAGUCUAAUAACAAAGUUAUGGCGAUUCAAAUCCAAUAUUACCGUUGAACCUAUAUUUAUUGGGUUAGUUAUGCCAUCAAUGUUAUGCAGAUUAGCAAUACAAAAUUUGAAUUUAGAUAAAACAUGUCGAGUGAAAUUAAAUUUAAGUGACCCGAUAUGUGAUGCUCUGAUCGAAAGGAAAGGAAACCUGACAAUUUACGAAGCUGACAUUCAAAAUAUUAUUGCUAAUAUAGAGUCAUGGAAGAGUAUAAUAGCGACAGCAAUACCAACAUUACUUGUUAUUUUCAUGGGAGCAUGGAGUGACAGAACGGGAAAUCGAAAAGUUUGUAUCUUACUACCGUUUAUUGGAGAAUUCCUUGUCUGUGUUAGCAAUUUACUAAGCACGUACUUCUUUUAUGAAAUUGGAGUUGAAGUGACAAUGUUUUUAGAGGCUAUAUUUCCUGCUGUCACAGGAGGGUGGGUCAUGGUAUACUUAGGGGUCUUCAGUUACAUCAGCGACAUUACAGAUGAAGAAUCUAGAACGUUCCGUGUUGGAGUCGUGAAUCUUUGCUUGACUGCUGGCAUUCCCGUCGGUACAGCUUUGAGCGGCAUUUUGCUAAAAGUGUUGGGCUACUAUGGGAUAUUCAUAAUAUCUGGCAGUGUAUAUGUUAUGACAUUUAUUUACGGGUUGAUUGCUCUCGAAAGUAACACCAAGGCAAGUCGAGGAAAUGCAGAAAAGGAAAAACCUGUAACCUGCUCAGAUAUGGUAACGCUAAUAAAAGAAACGGCAGAAGUAGCAGUCAAAAAACGUGAAAGUAAUUAUAGGAAGAAAAUAAUAUUGACACUCUUAGUAGUCGCCAUAAUAUAUGGACCUAAUCAUGGUGAAAGAAUCGUCACUUACCUGUAUGUUAGAUACAAGUUGAAUUGGGAUGCAAUUAGAUACAGUUUGUACUCAACAUACAGCAUCAUCACGCAUUCUUUAGGUGCAUUGUUUUCCAUCAGUGUGUUCAGUAAACGGUGGGGUUUCCACGACUCAGUGUUGUGCCUCAUUUCAAUUGUCAGCAAGCUUACUGGCUCUAUUCUUAUAGCUUUUGUAACUACGGAUUUGCAUAUGUUCCUGGUUCCACUCGUAGAAAUCUUGAACGCUACUACAUUUACCUCACUUAGAUCCAUGGCAUCUAAGUUAGUUCCUAGCGAAGAAUUGGGAAAAAUGAAUUCACUGUUCAGUCUUAUAGAAACCUUAGCUGCACUGAUGUUCGAUCCAACUUACACCACCAUCUAUUCUAAUACCAUCACCGUGUUUAGUGGAACUGUGUUCUUAUUCAGCGCCUUCAUGACCUUACCUGCUAUUUCUAUUUUAUUAUGGAUUUUCACGCAACACAGGAGAGAAAUGAAACAGAAGAAGCAGGAAACUGCAAAUAUUCCUGAAAAUUAUCCUGAAAAAGUUCGAUGA